UUUAAACGUGUUCGCGGAAAAGUUAGAAAACAUGAAAACAACCAAUAAAUCCAAUACCCAAACUCGAAUGGGAAUGCCAGGAGGUAUGCGAAACGAUAAAAGAAACGACAACCAUCCCCAUCAAAGGAAAACGAAUAGUUUUUUCCGCAAUGUUCCGGAGUCAAAGAGAUCCGGACCGCAACAUCGUACCGGCAGUAGCGGUGUUGGCCCUCCUUCUGGAAAAAAUGGUCCGGGAGUGAAACAAACUACCUCUUUCAAACCAAAGCACCAAGAACGUGGCCAUGAUCGAAGCAAUAAUCACAGCAGAGGGCCCCACAAACCGAAAGGACCACACAGAGGGCACCAGAAAGCUCCAGCUCGAGGACCUUCCAGGCCGGUCAAACAAGGCGAGCGACAGAGCGAGUUCACGAGUAAGCCGGAAAAGGUUAACUUUUGCCUAGCGCCGGAGCGAUUGGAGGCACAGGCCCGGGCGAUGAAACAUUUCGAACGGCAGGAAAAGGAAAAGGCUUUACAGCAAAGAAAGGACGAGCGCAAUAAGAACCACAAAAUAAUGACUCUCAAAACUCGCAAAGGACAACCGGUGAUGCAGGGCAGGAUGGAGCUGUUGUUUGAGAAAGUGAAAAAGUCUGUUGGUGUUAUUUAGAAAAAUAAUAUGAAUAAACAGAAACCUAUCAUGAAGGUUUUCUUGAAUAACAAAAAAUGGUUCUUUCUUGAUUCGUAAUCGAAGUAGUACAUGCAUUACCACGUAACUGAAAAACUAUCGAAUGUUUUCAGAAAUAUCGUACAAAGAUUUUGUUUUAAAUGGCUUCUUUCAAUCAAAAUAAUUUUUUUAUUGCUGAGUUGUAUCUCCCGACGCAAAGGCAACU